AUGAAUGCAAUGAUCAAAGAAGAGGAAGAAGAGACAAUGUUUGACCAAGGCGGUAGUGAGAGCGGUGUCAGUUCUGCCCAUCUCACAUGUCAGAUGUGCUUCCCAAUCGGGAUUAGCUUUCUUUUAUAUCUCCUGCCCAUCACAUGGUGCUUCGUCUUUGCUCAUAUUUCCCCUGGCUUUAGACCUCAAGGUACGAAGAUGAAGUACAUUGUGGUCACCGGAGGCGUCAUCUCUGGAGCGGGAAAGGGCAUCGUCGCUUCCAGCACAGGUCUCUUGCUCCAGAGCAAGGGCUUCAUCGUCACAACCAUCAAGAUAGAUCCUUACAUUAACAUUGAUGCGGGGACUUUGGGUCCACUUCAGCAUGGAGAAGUCUUUGUGACAGAUGAUGGAGGGGAGUUGAAUUUCGAUCUUGGGAAUUAUGAACGCUAUCUUUCAAUCACACUCCAAUAUGAUCAUAAUCUCACAACGGGGAAGAUCUAUCGAAAUAUCAUCACCGGGGAACGAGCCGGUGAUUAUUUAGGCAAAACUGUUCAGGUUGUGCCUCACGUCACAAAUGCCAUUCAGGAAUAUAUCGAACGGACGGCAAAAAUACCUGUUGACGAGUCCCAGGUCGAACCUGAUGUGUGCAUUGUUGAGCUUGGCGGUACCGUAGGGGAUAUCGAGAGCUCGCCCUUUAUCUACGCACUGGCUCGCCUUCGAAAGAGAGUCGGCAAAGAAAAUUUCGUCCAGAUUCAUGUAGCUUAUGUCCCCAUGGUACCGCCGGGACCUUCUGGUGAGCAAAAGACAAAACCGACGCAGAGAUCUAUCUCUGACGUCCGUAGCGCCGGGUUAAGUCCACUUUUGAUUGCCUGUCGUUGCGAUGUGGCAUUGGGUCCGGCUACCAUUGAAAAGAUUGCCACAAUGUGCUCAAUGGAGCCAGAACAGGUCAUUUCCGUACACGACGGGCCAACAACAUACUACGUACCUCUCCUGCUGGCGAAACAAAACCUUCUCAGCAUCCUCAGCGAACAUCUCGAACUCCCGUCAGAUCGAACACCGACAAGGCGUAUGGAACAAGGUAAGCGCAUAUGGACCGACUGGGUUAAUCUUGUUCGAAGUCAAGAGACAUUGACCGAAACGGUAUCAAUCGCCAUCGUGGGCAAAUACAUCGCCAAUAAAAACGCCUACCUGAGUGUCACCAAGGCGCUCGAACACGCAGCUAUGUACUGCCGCAAAAAGGUCGAUCUCAUAUGGAUUGACGCCGCCCACCUCGAGGACCAGACCCGCGAAAAUUGGCCAGCGAAAUAUCACAAGGCCUGGCAUGAUCUAUGUGCCAGUCAAGGCGUUCUUGUGCCUGGCGGCUUUGGCAGUCGCGCUAACGAAGGAAUAAUGAAGGCAAUCACCUGGGCAAGGAUUAAUAAAAAGCCAUUCUUGGGCGUGUGUCUUGGCAUGCAACUCGCAGUGGUCGAAUAUGCCCGCAAUGUGAUGCAUAUCGUGGGUGCUGGGAGCGAGGAAUUCUGCCCAAAAUCCGAGAGAAAUGUGAUCGUGCACAUGCCUGAAUCUAGUCAGAACAAACCGGAUGGCUCUAUGCGUCUGGGGAAGCACCCAUGCAUCUUCCAGAAGGGGACUGAGUGGUCGAAGCUGCGGUCCUUGUAUGGGUCCGCAGUAUCCCAAAUUGAGGAGCGUCACCGGAACCAAUAUGAGAUUAACCCGGAGAAGGGUGAGGAUAUUGAGAAUGCCGGUCUUGCGUUCGUUGGCAAGGAUUUUACUGGCAGACGCAUCGAGGUCGUUGAGAUUCGCGACCAUCCCUUCUUCGUUGGUGUGCAGUUCCACCCUGAAUAUCUGAGUCGGGUGUUGCAGCCCAGCAGAGUGUUCGUUGGUUUAUUUGCUGCCGCGGCUGGGUGUCUGACCGAUGCCAUAAUGGCAUUGCAAGGGGGCGAAAGAAGCGUUGUAGAAGGGUACUAG